AUGUCUUCCUCGGCGCCAUCGUCUCCCCGACCAUCCUCUACGAACCCUUCGAGGUGAGCUCUCGUUGUCGUUUGCACUAUGGCUCCGCAUUACAAAAAAAAAUGAAAGCAGCAGCGGAUAAGAAGAUUUCGGAGAGCGAAGGGAUAGGGGGCAGAUGUUCUUUGAGAGGCAGAACAUUCGCCAUCUGCUCCGGGAGCGGCCCCCAUCCGAUUACACCUGCCCUCGUCUCGCGCUCUUGACUUCUUUCAUUCGCCUCUCUCCCCGUUUCUCUCUCUCUCUCUCUCACUCACUCAUUCACCCACCCACUAAAAGUACUUUCGUACUUCUUCGUCUUUUCCUCACUCAUUUAUUUUUCGCGUUCAUUCCGCUCCUCUCGUGACUUCUCUCCGCGACUCAUUUUGCGCGUUUGCAGGGAACAAACCACGGGUGCGAAGUUGAUUCCACCUCAAAUCAGAGUAGAACGGUGCCGGUGUGUCACAUGCGGUGGUGCAGCAGACUUGACUUGCAAGGAAUGUAGACAGGUGCGUGCCGUCAUUAGUAUUCUAAUCACGGCUGACUAUAGUCUAUGAAUAUGAUCUAUGAACCCGCUCAAUUUCAGGAGACAGUGUUCUGUAAAAAGUGCGCUCGUCGUGCGAAACAUCCGCACCCGUUGAAAGCGUUCCGACGCAAGGACGAGGACGCGUUCCUUCUGCGCAAACAUCUGACGCUCUCCUACUACGAGCACAUCGUCGCGUGCACUUCUCUGCUGUGCAUGGAGACGUGCAUGGAGUCGCGCUACGCCCGCGAUCACUUCCAGCAGUGCUCGAUCCGCCCGCACACUCUCAUGGACAUCACCGAGGACGGCGAAGUCCGUUUCGACGCGACCACCUGCAACUCGUGCGGACUGUUCUUAGCGUGUAUGUUCAUGCACGCGGACAAGUGCCACAAGACCGGCUGUCCCGUCGUUUGGUGCGACGAGAUCCGCGCCACGUUCGAGAUGGGAAUGCCGGAGCGGCCGGUGUACUUGGUGAGCGGGGACAUGGAGCGCAAGUGUGCGGACGUGCAUCAGACCGAGUGGAGGAAGGUGGAGGCGCGGCGGCGAGACAUGAUGCUGCAAGACCUAUUCUCCAUCGUAUUGUGACUAUCUGAUGGUAAGUCAUCGUGUUCUAGUCGACCUCGCUUACCGAUUCAUUUCAGGGAACGCCAUCUACCUCAUCAGCAACUACCUCAUUGAUUACGGAUUCGAAAGCAGUGCCAUCUUUGUUGUAUAGCCCCCCUUCUUCCCCCCGUUUAAAUCUUGUCCCCCUCCCAACUGAAGAGCUUCACUUGUUUAACCUACCUCAUGCAUACCUCGAGGAUUCAGACUCCAAGUACAGUACCCCCGGAGAGCCGUAG